ACCAGCUACCUCCUCACUCCUCUUCCUCUCUCGGCUGCUAGCUGCUCUCCCAGCUCAGCUCAGUUUCAGCUCAGUCUUGCUUGAUUCACACUCGAUCAGCUCAAUUUCAAACCGACCUCAAGCAAGCAAGCACGCGCGCGCCGCGCGUUAGUUGACCGGGAGGAGGAGAAAGAUUAAGAUGGUGAACAAGGUCGCCGACGAGCCGCAGCUGCUGUCGAAGAAGGCCGGAUGCAACAGCCACGGCCAGGACUCGUCCUACUUCCUGGGCUGGGAGGAGUAUGAGAAGAACCCCUUCGAUGCCGUCGCCAACCCCGGCGGAAUCAUCCAGAUGGGCCUCGCCGAGAACCAGCUCUCGUUCGACUUGGUGGAGGACUGGCUGGAGAAGAACCCCGACGCGCUCGGGCUCCGGCGAGGGGGCGCCUCCGUCUUCCGCGAGCUCGCGCUAUUCCAGGACUACCAUGGCCUCCCGGCCUUCAAGAAUGCAUUGGCGAGGUUCAUGUCAGAGCAGCGAGGGUACAGGGUGGCGUUCGACCCCAGCAACAUCGUGCUCACCGCCGGCGCCACCUCGGCUAACGAGGCGCUCAUGUUCUGCCUCGCCGACCAGGGCGACGCAUUCCUCAUCCCAACGCCAUACUACCCAGGGUUUGACCGCGACCUCAAGUGGCGCACCGGAGCCGAGAUCGUGCCGGUGCACUGCACCAGCGCUAAUGGCUUCAGGGUGACACGCGCCGCGCUGGACGACGCGUACCGCCGCGCCCAGAAGCGCCGCCUGCGCGUCAAGGGCGUGCUCAUCACCAACCCCUCCAACCCGCUCGGCACGGCCGUGCCCCGCGCCGACCUCGACAUGAUCGUCGACUUCGUCGCCGCCAAGGGCAUCCACCUCGUCAGCGACGAGAUCUACUCCGGCACGGCCUUCUCCGACUCCAUGCCCUUCGUCAGCGUGCUCGAGGUCCUGGCCGCGCGCGGCCCGCGCGCCGCCGACUACGGGCUUGACGGCCGCGUGCACGUCGUGUAUAGCCUGUCCAAGGACCUCGGCCUCCCGGGCUUCCGCGUCGGUGCCAUCUACUCCUCCAACCCCGCCGUCGUCUCCGCGGCGACAAAGAUGUCCAGCUUCGGGCUCGUCUCCUCCCAGACGCAGUUCCUCCUGGCGGCGCUCCUAGGAGACAAGGACUUCACCCGUGGGUACCUGGCCGAGAACAAGCGGCGGCUCAAGGAGCGGCGCGACCAGCUCGUGGACGGGCUCAAGGCGAUCGGCAUUGGGUGCCUGGAGAGCGACGCGGGGCUCUUCUGCUGGGUGGACAUGAGCCACCUGAUGCGCAGCCGCUCCUUCGAGGGGGAGAUGUCGCUGUGGAAGAAGGUGGUGUUUGACGUGGGGCUCAACAUCUCGCCGGGGUCCUCGUGCCACUGCAGCGAGCCCGGCUGGUUCCGCGUCUGUUUCGCCAACAUGUCCGCCAAGACGCUCGACGUGGCCAUGCAGCGCCUCAGGGCCUUCGUCGAGACCAGCUACAAGGGCGCCGGCACCGUCGGCGCGCGUGCGCGCGCGGCGGCGGCCCCCGCCAGGAGCAUGAGCUGCCCGCUCGCCAUGAAUAUGAAGUGGGCGCUCCGGCUCACCCCGCUCUCUGCUGACCGGAAGGCCGAGCGGUAGACCGCCGCCGCGUAUAGCUAGUGUUUAUACAUUAUUGCCGCGGGGUACGCCUUAGAGCCAGCUUACGGCCAUGGCCAUUAGUGCAUAGUGCUACUACACUAGCCAAUAGGCAAUUCCUUUAGUUUUUUUUUUGUAUUUUUGCGCCAUAUACCACCAUUUUUCCUCGGAGCACCGGGUAGACACACCGAGGUGCCUGAGGAUAGUUGUAUUUACAUUUCGCGGUAGAACAUAAGCUAGGCACCGAUCGAUCCAUCGGUAUCGGAUAUUCGGAUCGUGUAUUUUUGACUCGGGAAUUCUUCGGAAUUCUCUGGUUGUUCGUUGUACUAUUAUUAUUGUUUCAGUUUACUAUUUUAUCAAUAAAAGUUACUCCCUACUCAA